AAUUCUGGCGGAUUCAUACACAGCAAAUAAAUCAAAAUGCAACGCUCCCCACAGAAACUAAGCAAAGAAAUAGCGCCAACAAGUUAAAUAAUGCCCCCUUUGCACGUCCCCGGUAGUAGUACUCCUCGCAAGUUCUAUCACCUGGUGCUGUUCCAUGUGCACCCGUUCUGGAUCCAAGUCCUGUACUUCCUUUUGAUCUCCGUUUUGGGUUUCUUGAUGCUGAGAGUCCUGCCCAUGAAGUCCAGCUCCGUGCCUAGGCCCUCGGCUCUGGACCUACUCUUCACGUCGGUGUCGGCGACGACAGUCUCCAGCAUGAUCGCCGUCGAGAUGGAAUCCUUCUCUAACGCGCAGCUCCUCCUCAUGACCCUCCUUAUGCUCCUCGGGGGCGAGGUGUUCACAAGCAUGCUUGGUCUCCACUUCACCUGCACCAAGCUCAGAAACAAGAGAGAAACACCUCAUAAUAAUCUCCAUGGUAAUAGCUUAGAGCAGAGUCGUCGUCGUCACCGUCCCAUGGAGAUGGAAGCCCAGGCCGCCGCCGUCCAAAUGGAGCUUGCAGGGUUCAACAAGGACGGCCAUGGCGAUUUCGCAUCCAUGGCUAGGUUGCUAAUGUUUAUCGUGCUGGGCUACAUCUUGGUCGUGCACAUCGCCGGCUACGCGCUCAUUCUAAUCUACCUUAGCGUGGUCGGCAGCGCGAGAGCAGUGCUUGUUAGGAAGAGGAUCAGCCUGAGCACCUUCUCCGUCUUCACGGUCGUCUCGUCGUUCGCAAACUGUGGCUUCGUGCCAACCAACGAGGGGAUGGUGUCCUUCAAGUCCUUCCCGGGCAUGCUCCUCCUGGUCAUGCCACACAUCCUGCUCGGGAACACGCUCUUCCCCAUCUUCCUCAGGCUCUCCAUUACGGCGCUCGAGAGGGUCACAAGGUGGCGAGACCUCUGCGAGCUGCUGAGAGACAGAGGACCCGGCGGCGGGCCAGCUGCGGCUGCCGCCGCCGCCGCUAUAGGCUACGACCACCUGCUCCCGGGACCGCGCACAUGGUUCCUUGCUCUCACCGUGGCGGUGUUCCUGGCGGUGCAGCUGGUGCUCUACUGCGCCAUGGAGUGGGGCUCCGGUGGCCUUGGAGGGCUCAACGCGUUCCAGAAGCUCGUUGCAGCGGUCUUCAUGUCCGUCAACUCCAGGCACUCCGGCGAGAUGGUCGUCGACCUCGCCACCGUCUCCUCCGCCGUCGUCGUGCUGUAUGUGCUCAUGAUGUAUCUACCGCCUUACACUACAUUUUUACCGGUAGCAGUGGAAGACGACCAGCAGCAGCAAAAUGAGGCACAACCCCACGACAAUAGCACGAGCAAGAGCAGCACAAGUAUUAGCAUCUGGCACAAUCUGCUCAUGUCGCCGCUCUCGUGCCUAACCAUCUUCAUCGUCGUCAUCUGCAUCACCGAGAGGCGGCAGAUUGCUCGUGACCCAAUCAACUUCAGCGUCCUCAACAUCGUCGUCGAGGUCAUCAGUGCGUAUGGCAACGUGGGAUUCAGCACCGGGUACAGCUGCAGCAGGCAGGUGACGCCCGGCGGCGGCUGCUGCAAGGACGCGUGGGUUAGCUUGUCCGGCAAGUGGAGUGUGGAAGGGAAGCUCACGCUCAUGGCCAUCAUGUUCUAUGGCAGGCUCAAGAAGUUCAGCAUGCUUGGGGGUCAGGCAUGGAGGCUGAACUGAACCGAAGUACUAUUUCGAAACUCGCUCGAUCAACCUGAUCUCCAGGACUCCAAGACUAGUACUUGAAUUCUCAGUCUAUUCAGACGGAACCGGAUCAUAUGACAAAUCCAUCUGCGAGGAGUUUGGCUGCAUUCUGUAAAGUCGGUAGGGGCAAGGGGUUGUUCAUAUCCUUUUUAUUUAAAAAUAAAAAAUAGUUUUAUAUCUCGACUUUUGAAAAUUAUAUUUUGAGGUGUCUGUCACCCAGGGGACGGCAGGGAGUUAAAUGUAAUUUUUAAUAAAUAGGUUCUCGUCGCUCACUCACUCAUUACGGGCUUAUUCGGUUAUUUUCAAUCUA